AGAAUGUCUAAAUGUUCUAGAAAAUCAAGCCACACACACAGUAAUUGAACUCAGUUAAAAAUCAUUUUUGAAUAUGGUCAGGAUGGUCAUUAUUGCAUUGAUUGAUGUAAAACAUCAGUGGAACGUGGUUAUGGUAGGUCAGUGGUUCCUAUGAUCCUGUAGGACCUUGUGUGCUCGGAUGGAUGCUGACCAUGUCUGGGAGGGAGGAGUUAGUCCCCCCAGCUGCCCUCACACCCCUUCGAAACUGCAGCAGUGCAGCUUCGAACCAUACAGUGCAACGGUAACUUAGGACGCUUUCACUUGUGCCUCGAUAUCGUGUCUUCUUGUAAAGUGUGAAGCGUUUAAAUGUUGUCUACCAUAAUCUCUGCCGCGUGUUGCACUUGUCAGUAACAGUAACAUUUAUUGUCUUAAGUCCAAAUUUCUGCAUUUUCUUCUGGCGUUGCUGCGCUAAAGUUAUCAGUUUGGUUGUUUUUACGCACAGCCCGAGUGCGCAACGAUUCCAGUCACAGAGCACACACGCUCGUUUUGCAUUAAGGAAGAACAUGGUGUCUUUUGUAUUUACCAGUAAAUGUCUAUCAUCUUUAGCAAGUGAAUGACGGAGCUUUACAGUCAUUUCUAGCGCGGGACAGUCUGCUCCUCUCUCUUUCUGUUGACCAAUCCUGGCGCAGCGGCGGAGCGACACACCUGUAUAAAAGCGGAUUCCAGGUCAGCUGACAUUCAGAGGGGGAAGCGAUGAAGAUGACAGGGUGCUGAGGAAGAGCACAGAAUCUCUCUCUCAGAUGGGGAUGUUCUGCGGGGCGCGUGUUGUGCGUUUUUAAAGAUGGACGAGCUCUUUAACCAAAGCGCAGCGCCGAACCAAAGUUCCGCUGGAGAUGACAAGUUCACAUUCGACGACAUCGACGUGAGCGCGGACGGCUCUCCCAUCCUGAGGAUAUUCAUAUCGGUGGUGUACUCGGUGGUGUGCGCCGUCGGCUUGGUGGGGAACCUUCUCGUGUUUUUUCUCAUGAGGGUGCGACAGGGUCGCAAAAGAUCCACUAUAAAUGUUUUCAUCACCAACUUGGCAGUGACGGACUUCCAGUUCGUCCUCACGCUGCCCUUCUGGGCCGUGGACACAGCACUGGACUUCAGCUGGCCGUUCGGAGACGCGAUGUGCAAGAUCGUCCUGUCGGUCACCGUCAUGAACAUGUACGCCAGCGUCUUCUUCCUCACCGCCAUGAGCGUGACCCGCUACCUCUCCGUGGCUUCAGCCCUGAAGAAAAGGUCUUACAGAAGGUCACGGUGCGUCAAGUGGGUGUGCGCGGUGCUGUGGCUGGCCGCCACCGCAGCCACGGCUCCCACGGCCGUCUUCUCCACUGUGACGGUAGUCGCUGGAGAAAAGCUGUGCCUCCUUAGGUUUCCAGAGGGACACGACUGGCUGGCCCUUUACCACAUCCAGAAAAUAUUGAUUGCUUUCGUCAUACCGAUGUUCAUCGUUUGUGUCAAUUACAUGAUGCUCCUGCGCUUCGUUAGGCGGAAAAGCAUGGACGGCAGUAACCCCAAACGGAGGACCAGGGUCACCAAGUCUGUCGCUAUUGUCGUUUUGUCCUUCUUCUGCUGCUGGAUGCCAAACCAUGCCAUCACCUUCUGGGGCGUCUUGGUCAAAUUUAACGCAGCCAACUGGGACACAUCAUACUACACGGUGCACACGUACGUGUUCCCGGUCACGGUGUGUUUGGCACACACAAACAGCUGCUUGAACCCAAUCCUUUACUGCCUGAUGAGGCCGGAGAUCAGGAAGAUGCUGAGCGGCUUGUUUUGGAGAGUCCCCAGUCCCACUCAGAGCAAGGCUUGCGCGACGCGCUCCGUUACGCACAUAGAAACCCAGGGAGUGGUGCCCCUCCAGAUCAUUGACAACACGGAGUACACGCUAUCCAUCAUAGACCGUAAAGGCUCAUCAAGUUCUAAGUCAAUCCCAUACACCCACUGAAUAAAAAACUGCCUUUAUUUAUUUAUUUUUGCUUCGUCAGCUGGCUUUGCUCGUGCGUAAUGUGUUCACAAGUCUGAAAACUAUAAAACAGUUGACUCAUUCUGUGAUUUUUCUAUGAGAUUAAUCUUUUCACUUUAUAGUGACAAAAAGACUGGGACGGGACGGAUCAGCCUGGCCACAUGGAGAAAGGCGGAGACAUUCACUGUUGGACCCCAAAAUAUGACAAUGUUUACCAUGUAAAGCCUGACUGUAAAUAAAUUGCUGUUCCAUCAGAGAAAAAAAAAAUUGGCUGAUUAUUGCUCCAAGCUAA